UAUAUGAAGUUACGAUAUGAUUAUGUUAUGAUGAUGAUGUCCACAUAUCUUCCUAUAAACUAAAUCUCUUGUACAUGAAGCCAUGCUGUUUGGCGUUGGGAAAGAGCAAAUUGUUUGUCAUCUUACAAAUUAUUUGCAUUUAUUUACUAUACAAGAGCUUCCGUCUCCAGUCUUCACUCCACCAAGAACAAAUCCACGUUGACUUAAGUUUCAUAACCAGAAGAAUGGGGGGAUCGCCGGAAGGAGGAGCUGAGGACGAUCUCGAAUCGGCUUUGCUGAAUGCAGAGGAGACUGGGAGACUGAACUCACCCACCUCCUCCGCCGUAUCAUCGUCAUCACCAAUAAGUACUCGGGAUCAGAGAAGAAGAAAGGAAGAGAUAACUGAUGAAGCAAAGAAGCAGCUGGGGCUUGCUGGGCCUUUGGUAGGAGUGAGCUUGCUGCAGUAUUGUCUGCAGGUUAUCUCCCUCAUGUACGUCGGCCACCUCGGUGAGCUCCCUCUUUCCGGGGCUUCGAUGGCCACCUCCUUUGCCUCCGUCACCGGCUUCAGUGUCCUGCUUGGAAUGGGUAGUGCAUUGGAGACUCUUUGUGGGCAAGCCUUUGGGGCCAAACAGUACCACAUGCUCGGAAUCCACACGCAGAGGGCGAUGCUCGUCCUUUUCCUCCUCAGCAUUCCGCUCUCCCUCCUCUGCCUCUCGACUCGCCAGAUUCUCGUCUCCCUUGGCCAAGACCCAGAAAUAUCAGCAGAGGCAGGGACCUUUAACCAUUGGAUGGUCCCCAGCCUGUUCGCCUAUAGCCUCCUUCAGUGUCUCGAUAGGUUCCUCAUGGCUCAAAAUGAUGUGCUGCCAAUGAUGGUCAGCUCUGCUGUCACAGCCUGCCUGCACGUGCUCGUGUGCUGGGUCCUAGUGUUCCAGUGCGGACUCGGUAGCAGUGGGGCCGCCCUUGCCAACUCUGCAUCAUAUUGGGUCAAUGUGGGCCUGCUGACGGGCUAUGUGAAGUUCUCCCCAGCUUGCUCGAAGACGUGGACCGGGUUCUCGAGGGAGGCCUUGCAAGACAUUCUUAGCUUCAUCAAGCUUGCCGUUCCUUCUGCUAUUAUGAUUUGCUUCGAGUAUUGGUCCUUUGAGAUGGUAGUUCUGCUUUCGGGUCUCCUCCCAAAUCCGAAACUUCAGACAUCGGUGUUAUCGAUAAGUCUCAAUACUUGCUGGAUGGUUUACAUGAUCUCUGUUGGCCUCGGAGGUGCUAUCAGCACACGAGUUUCAAAUGAAUUGGGAGCAGGGAGAGCCAAAGGAGCACGCUUGGCAUUACUAGUAAUGGUCUCCAUUGCACUCACAGAAGGUGUGAUAGUCGGAGUUACUACUAUCUUGGUUCGCCAUGUUUGGGGAAGAUUAUACAGCAGCGAAGGAGAAGUGAUAAAAUAUGUUGCCAAAAUGAUGCCACUGCUUGCUCUUUCGGUCUUCCUGGACGGGUUCCAGUGCGUCCUCUCAGGGGCUGCUAGGGGAUGUGGCUGGCAAAACCUCUGUGCAUUUAUUAACCUUGGUGCUUAUUACAUCGUGGCUAUUCCAUCUGCUGUGAUUUUCGCAUUCGUGUUACAUAUAGGAGGCAUGGGUCUAUGGAUGGGGAUAAUAUGUGGACUUGCUGUACAAGUAGUGGCACUCGUGACAGUAAACUUCUGCACGGAUUGGGACGUAGAGGCAAGGAAAGCAAUAGACAGCGUCCAACAGAAUAGCAGCAGUCACAGUUAAUGUCGGAUUCGGAUUUAUUAUGGGGGGAUUCGCUGACUUACAAGAUGGGAGCCCUUCGAGCUGAAAGCAAUUGAGAUCAUCUAUACCCGCUGUAUCAUGUGAGACGUAUAACGUUCAACAAUUAUGGCUGCAUUUCAGCUGGUCUAUUUAGAUGAAAGUAAACCAGUUUUUAAGCGAAUUGCCUAAAUAGAUAGAUAUGAUUCGUGAUCUUUUCAUUUAGUCCUUCAGCCAUGCGUCACCUGACCUGACAUUGCCUAUGGGGUGCAUAUUGUCAGUCAGUUCAUGGCAGCCUUGCAAUCAUCACAUUAUGCAGCUGUUUUUCAUAUCCGUCGUUAUGUGAAGGGCACAUUAUUUCAUGGUUUGCGAUUUUCUUUUGA